CCAGGCCCCGGCAGCCUGUGCGGGAUCCCCCGGUGCUCUCGCUCGGCGCCCGCGCCCCCGGGACCAUGCUGCGCUGGCUGCGGGGCUGGGUGCUGCCCGCGGCCGCCUGCCAGGACGCGGGGCCGCCGGGGCGCUACGAGACGCUGUUCCGGCAGCUGGACCGCAACGGGGACGGCGUGGUGGACAUCGGCGAGCUGCAUGAGGGGCUGCAGAACCUGGGCAUCCCCCUGGGCCAGGACGCCGAGGAGGUGAACUCAGUGCAGCGAACCCUCGCCCACUGGACCGCAGUUCUUUCGGUCGGAACGCAUCCCAGGGCCUGUCCCUGCCUUUCUGCGCCUUUGCAAACAUUUACGCAAACUUGAACUUGUUAGCUCUCAGGUGUCAGUGGGCCCCCGAUCCUGUAAAAAGCUCACAUUUUGUAUCUCUUCCAAGUUGCUUCCAUCACCAGCUAGUUUUGCCUACAGUUUCAGAUCUGUUUGAAAACAAAUUGUUAAUGUGAAAACAUUCUAACCUGUAAAGAAUUGUUGUGAGUUUAUUUGAGCCAAACUGUCGAUAAUUGUCGGGAACAGAAUCUCAACAGAUUGGGAUAGUGCUUCAGAGAACGGCAGUCUCUCAUCUAUUCUUACACAUUGCAGUGAAAGGAGGGGACGCAGGUGGGCGACAUGAAAUCCAUUGGAGAUAAACUAGAGAGGUGGGAGAAAGCAAAAGGGAGGGCGGGAAACCCCUGGGAUUGGAUAAGAAAUAAAAUGAUAGACACAUACUCAGGUGGGUGCAGGAACAAUGAACAUGUUAACAAGGAAGGGAUUUGUGGUCUCUGUCCUGGUGCCCAGGCACAUUAGCUUGUGCCCCAGGGGGUCUGGAAAAAGGGAAGUUACAAGUUACCCAGACAUUUCAAGGGUGUGUUAUCGUAGGUGCAAAAAGACAGAUGGGCUCAGUUCAGGUAAAGGCUGACCUCGUCAGUGAAGAUACCGGCCUAGGAUGUGACUGCCCACCAUCACUGCGUUUAGUUAAAGUUUAAUUUCAGACCAUCCUUUGUGGUGACUUUAGGGCUCUGAGUUUGUAAGACCGCCAUGCAGGCCUCCCCUGAGCUUGUCAGGUCAGCAUGUGGCCCCUUCUGUCCACAAAGUCUUGGCCAAAUAUGGUGAUGGAAGAUGAUUUGACUUCGGGUGGUGGGCACGCAAUGCAAUAUACAGAGCAUGUAUCAUAGAAAUGUGCACUUGAAACGUAUAUGAUCUUAUUAACCAAUGUCACCCCAGUAAGUUUAGUUUAAAAAAAGAAAAAGAAAACCAAUCUUAUGUUUUCCCCAACUUCCUGUUGAGGAGCAGGGGCGACAUUCCAUUGAUUGACAUGGAGGGGUUGGCCUUCUCUGAGUCACUUUAAUUGUGUGCUGAAGUUCAUCCCGCCCUUUAGCCGGAGGAGGUGUUUGGAACCUCUCCAACCCACUGCAACCUAAGAGGACACUUUGGCAUCCCUGUCCCAAGGGGGAAAGUGAUUCAACCACAAGAGCCGACAACUGUUGUAUAGUUUUGUAUUUUGAGCUACUCAUUCAAUGUCUGUAGGGACUGGCCUCCUCAGCUACUGUUUGGUCCUGAGUCAGAUUCAGGAGGUUACAUUUUUAGGAAACAGCCCUUUUUGUCCAAGGUCCAUAAUAUUCACUUAUUCUUUUUAAAAAGUUCUGACUAUCUGUAGUUUUGUUCCCAAUGUCAUUGCUGGUCCCUUUUGCUGAUAGUCUCUGGUUUUUAUUUUCUUCCCUUAAUUUCUGUUUAUU